AUGGCGCAAAAAAAUGUGGUUAUCGUUGGUGCUGGAGUUGCUGGGUUGACAACGGCCCUCCUUCUUUCCAAGGACCCCAAAUACAAGAUUGUUGUAACUGCAAAGCAUAUGCCCGGUGGUUAUGACAUUGAAUAUGCUUCCCCAUGGGCUGGAGCAAACUAUAUGCCUGUUUCUUACACUGGUACCGACUCAGCAGAAUGGGAUAAGAACACCUGGGGUCCGCUGGAGGAGCUGGCCCGCAAUCACCCAGAUGCCGGUAUCCAUUUCCAAGAGUGUCGGAUUCUCAACCGGGCCAAAGACAGCCAGUCUGCCACGGCGGCCUGGUUUGCUAAACUGCUCUCGCCCAACCCGUGGUUCGAGACGUCGUGCCCAAGUUCCACCCGCUUCCCAAGAGUGAGCUUGGCCCUGAAAUUGAUCACGGAGUUUCCUUCAUACGCCACAAGUCCUGGUGUCCAUCCGUUAGACAAGGUUCAUGUUGUCGUCAACUGUACUGGACUCAUGGCGAGCAAAAUCGGUGGUGUCGAAGACAAGGCUGUUGUGCCUGCUCGAGGACAGAUUGUUGUCGUCCGCAACGACGCUGGAAGAAUGCUAAGUAUAUCGGGAACCGACGAUGGAGACGAUGAAGCGUGUUACGUUAUGACAAGAGCGGCUGGUGGCGGCACAAUUCUGGGCGGCUGCUACCAGAAGGGUAACUGGGAUGGCAAUGUUGACCCCACCCUUGCAAUCCGGAUUAUGAAGAGGGCGGUGAAGCUCUGUCCUGAGUUGACAGACGGAAAAGGGAUUGAGCAUCUGGAUAUUGUUCGUCGCGGCGUUGGUUUGCGGCCGGUGCGAGAAGGUGGAACCAGAAUCGAAAAGGAACGCAUCGGAGGCGUGACAGUGGUGCACAACUAUGGUGCAGGCGGAGCCGGAUAUCAGAAUUCGCUGUAG